AUGGCCCACUCGAAGAGCAAUCCGCCAAGCGUUUCAAAAGGCUGGAAAGCAGUUUUUGACGACGAGUAUCAAACCUACUUCUUUGUAGAUUUAAAGACUGGACAAUCACAGUGGGAGGAGCCUAAGGGCACCACUUGGAACACCGAAAUGCCUCCUCCUUACAAUGAAUCGAGACCCUCUGGGGCCCCCAGUGGUGUAAAUGGGCAAACCUCCGCAGCAAGCUCGCAAGGUCAAAUCAGGGAUGGUUCUUCAAGACAGGGUUUCCAACAGCAAAGAUAUCAACAGCAACAGGGCUAUCAACAGCAAGGCUACCCGCAACAGGGCUUUCCGCAGCAAGGUUAUUAUCCGCAGCAAGGUUACGCACCACAACAAGGCUACUACCCUCAGCAAGGUUAUCCACCUCAACAAGGCUACUAUCAACAGCAACCACAGCAAGCCCGUAAAAAUAAUGGUGGAGCCAUGAUGGGUGGUUUAAUGGGUGUAGGUGGAGGCCUUCUAGCGGGGUCUCUGCUUACGUCGGCGAUGAUGCCACACGAAAAUGUUAUCGAGAACAAUUACUAUAACGAUGACAACAAUAAUAACGACAACAACGACUACGGUGGUGGCGGCGACUACGGCGGUGGUGAUUUCGGUGGUGGUGAUUUCGGUGGAGGGGAUUUCUAA